UGUCUUAUUGAUAUUGUUUUGGUAAUUAUUUAUUGAAUGGAAAGGUAACUUUUAUUAUGAUUGAUCAGACCAAAAAGAAUACUUAAGCAGUUGGAGUGUCGGUGCGAGAUUUUAUUUCCGUAUAUUGGUGAUUCUAAAUCUGGUUUUUAUAUAGAAGUGGAAGGAAGAUACAACAGCGUCAAAAUCACGAGUUAAAUAUUUCCCUGUCUGAAUUUGUUCCUGCUUUCUAUUUUUAACCAACAAUCUUUUAUCUCCUAGCAAAAACAUGUUUCUUUUCUGUAUUUGUCAUAACGAAUUGUAAUCUUGACGUUAAGAGGUAUAAGAUAGGGGUAUGUACACACAAAAAUUAUAAAAGUAAAUAAACAUUCCUGGUUUGCACCUCAGCCUUUGCUAAGUUAUAUCACAUACCAUGUCUCUGAGAAAAACGUAAGAUGUUAGAACAUUGCCUGCAAUAAGAAUUAUGCUCAAACAUUUGACAUUGAUGAAUAUCGUUUUACAUUCGGCACAAUACUGUUACCAUCCUAACGUGUGUAACUCGAAUGCAAUAAUGGGAUAAAAAUAUGCUUUUAAUGUAUUUUGGACUUGGGUUUAUUUUUAACUCUUUGUGAUAUUGAAGGAGAGAUGGGUGUACACUAAUUAUCAUAAGACGAUAAAUCAUUUAGACUCUGGAUCCAGAUCAACAAUCUUAAGAUACUGAAUAGAAUAUACUGGGAUUUAAUUAAUGAUAGUUUAGUUAUGUUUUACCAGGAAUGUCUAACGCGACAACAUCUAAUAUUAGUGAGUUCUGUAGAGCAAUACUCGCAAAUGUUGCAGGUCCUCCACCAUUUCUGGACCAAGAAACGAGGUAUUUCUUGACGGCAGUAUUGACAUUCUUCCCACUUUUGACAGCUGGUGGUAACGCUCUAGUUAUAAUAGCGGUAUACACACAUAAACGUCUUCAGACAAUAACUAAUGCAUUCGUUGUGUCUCUAUCGGUUGCUGAUUUAUUGGUGGCCGUCUUUGUAAUGCCAUUUGGAAUAUAUCAACAGUAUAACAACAAAGUGUGGCAGCUAGGUAAAGAUUUAUGUCUAGUGACUACAAGUCUUGAUGUUAUGUUCACGACAACAUCCAUCAUGCAUCUUUCAUGUUUAGCGAUAGACCGGUAUUUGGCUAUUUGUCGGCCAUUUUUACAUGAACGAAUCAGCAAGGCCAUCAUUGGAUUAAUGUUGGCUGCUUGUUGGAUAACGCCUAUUUUCAUAUCAUUUCUUCCUAUUAUGUUUAAAUGGAAUCUCAUUGGAAUCGAAGAACUGCAUGAUUGCCUUUUUCCGCCAAAUGAAGAAGUAUGUGGAUUUAUAGUAAACAAACCAUUUUCGAUAAUUUGCUCAACUAUAGCUUUUUACAUUCCUGCUAUAUGUCUAAUUCUAAGCAAUAUAAAAAUAUUUCAAGUAGCCAGAAAACAAGCGCAACAUAUCCAUAGUCUAGAAGCUCAUUUACAUAAACAUAAAAAAGGUAAACUAAAGCGAGAAACGAAAGCCGCUAAGACAAUCACUAUUAUCAUGGGUUGCUUUUGUGUCUGCUGGUUUCCAUUUUUCAUUAUGAAUAUUGUAGAUCCUUUGAUCGGAUAUAAGCUUCCGUAUGCUCUUUUUACAACAGCAAUUUGGCUGGGAUAUGUUAAUUCAAUGCUAAAUCCGUUCCUUUACUACAACUUCAAUAGAGCAUACAAAACAGCAUUCAAACGUUUACUGACAUUUAAAGUAUGCCAAGGAGUUCGAGAAUAUAAUGAUGACAUAUUCAAUACGCAUGACAAUUCCGAUGUUCAUUUACAACCGAAUAAUUCUUCAAUAAACCAUGACGCCCAUAGUCCUAUUACAGAAAUGUCUAACUUUAGUGCCGGAAGUACAUAUGACUAAUCCUGGUUGUGUUUGUGAUAACUGUCUAAUUGAUAUAUUUAAGAUGCUUUCACAACUACUUUUUGUAUUAGUAAACCCAGUUUUUAACUUAAUUUAUUUAAUCGAAAUUCUAUGAAAAGAAAUGACUUCUUAUUUUUAAUUAAUCUCUAAUAGAUGUUUUGUUCCUCCGGAGCGUACUAAUUAAGUAAUUUUUAACGACGUUGCUAAAGCAUACCCCAUAGUUUCCUUAUUAAAUCUGACAAGAUUGUGCUUAUUUUGACGUCACAGGUUUCACAAGUUUUAUGUAUUUAUUAUUUAAUGCUCAGUUAUUUAUUUAAUUUGUAUAAGUUUUGGUAUGUUGAUUUCACAGCUAUAAAAGUUGUGUUUUUGUAA